GCAAAUCAAGAGUGAUAGCGCUGAGGGGGUUUGCUGUGCUGGGCGUUUGAUUUCCCCCAAAAAUACCUUUAGUAAUCCAAAAGGAUCUAGCCCAUCCUAGGUUUUUUUAAAAAAAUAAUCAAGGGUUGUCACCACACAGCUCUUUUCCUGUGCGCACUCCCAUGAAACCCAAGGUAGAAUAUCCUGUGCUCGAGAUGGGUAAAGUCGUCACAGAUGACGAGCUAAGCACCGAAAGGUUGAGUGCAAAUGCAUGCUUCGAUUCAUCUCCAGAGCUUGCGUUUUGUGGGACGCCCUCAGAGUCGGAGAAUUGCCUUCACGGACCCAAAUCAACUUGCGACCAGCUUGCAGUUAACUCAGAAUGGGCCAAGAAGACAAAGGGAGUUUCCACAGCCAUAACCGAGGAAGUCCUCACGCGGUAUCACAACCUCAAGCAUAAAGUUUUUCAAGAGUUGUGCCAACGAUACUACCGUAGGUGGCUGUUUUGCAGUAUGGCUUCACGUGGAACUAAAUCCAGACUGGUUCAUCAAGACUCAUUACCUUCCAGCUUGAAGCGGACAGGGGGUACACAUGAUAUAGGUGGAUGGAGUGGCACCAAGGAUUCAAUAUUUUAUUGUAGUGAAAGUUUAUGUGGGGGUUGCAACCGUAACGCUCACCGUGGGUCUAUCUGUAGUAACCCUGACGGCCGUGUAAACGCAGAGCAGUCAUCAUCUUAUGGAGAGUUGCCAUCAGUUACACCCCAUCAUUUCAAAUCAGUUUCUAUACCACUUUCUGCACGGUCGCCAUCACCUUUUGAAGGUAUUGCGGCGACAACGGUUCCAUCAAAGCUUUUAGACUACGGCACGAAGUCAGACUUACCUCAGCGACGUUCCAUAACCACUUCGGAUCUUCCUUACACCGGGACGCCAGCUGUGGUCCCAAAUCCAGUGCGCAUCUAUCGUGUACAGUAG